AUGGCCUCUAUUACUACAGAUUCCGAGGAGUAUCAUUCCUCGAGCUCCUAUCAAGAGACCUACACACGCGGAGGCGAUGAGACCGACGAUACUGGGACACCAGGGCAGCUGCGUGGGCGCAAGCGGCGCGCGAGUGAAAUGGAGGGCGACGAGAGCGAAAAUACAGCCUCAGGAGCUGAAAGAGCAAAUCAUUACCACGAAGUACAAUCCGAAGCCGAACCUGAAUACGAAUAUGAAGAGAAAUCUGAAUAUGAAUAUGAUGAUAAAUCUGCAUACGAAUAUGAAGACAAACCUGAAGACAAACCUGCAGAGAAGACUGAAAUCCCACAGGUCGACGCGGAUUUCACUAUCGUGUGUCCGGCGCCGCCCAGGCACAGGACCGCCACUGCAGAGGACGACGGUGACGUCGUGCUUUUGGAGGACUUUCCGCUGGAAAUGGCUGAUCUCUCCAUCGACUUUAGUAUAAGACCGGGCUCGGCGUGGCAGAGCCUUCGCAGGUUUAAAAAUGCGCUGUUCAGCGAACCUUACAAUGACAGCUACACGGUAGGCGAAUUUGUGUACGUCAAUCGCCAUGACCCCGCCCCCCCUGCACCUCCAGCCGAUGCAUCAGAGGACGAGAAAUUACAGUAUGACAAGGACAACUUGUGGGUGGGCUUAAUAGCAGAAUUCAGAGGCGGGGCUUCAAGGGUCCUCGUCCGGCUGUUCUGGGUAUACUGGCCACAUGAACUACCCAUGGGGCGACAGCCAUACCAUGGCAAACGAGAGUUGGUGUUGAGCAACCAUGUUGACAUCGUCGAGGCCCAUACAAUAUCAGGGCAUGCCGAGGUCAGCCAUUGGGAUGAAGACGAUGACUCGAACAAGACCGUCCUCCGAGAGAGAUACUGGCGCCAAACCCUUAACAUCACAGCGUCCCCCGCUAAUAUGCUCAGCAAGCUCCGGCAAUUCUGCACCUGCAGCGGCUACGACAAUCCCGAACUGGACAUGUACCAGUGCCGGCACUGCAGCACGUGGAACCACGAAGCCUGCUUGAUCGUCGACCUCGAAAAGAGGGCGUGGAAGAAAUUCAAGAAGGGGUUGUUGACGCACGAAGUAGAAGAAGUGGAACUUGAAGGAACGUGGACUGGAAAUAUUGUCGAGAUGCGUUCCCGUGGGGUCAAGUCAACAUCGAAGCAAAAGAAGCCGUGGAAAGGCAAACUGGAGGGCCGGAUCUACCGAGCUCAGCAGAUUGAUGAAGAUGAAUACAGGCAUCGUGCAUUGAUCCGACAGCUGGUGCCUCAAGGGAAGGACCAGAAGAAGGGUCCCUCCGGACCCGCGAUAUGGCACAUGGAGAUGAAUUGUCUGAGAUGCCACGAACCGUUGAAUUGA